GCGACAUCAUUGUGUGAGCAGAUCGCGAGUAGAGAAGUUGCAAAAGUUAAUUGACUUUAUCAUCAUCCUGUGCUAAUAAAGUGCUGAAAAGAGGAGAAGGUGUGAAUAACCGAAAACGUGCAACAGCAUUGCUAAUUAAGCAUUGGUGCUUAGAAGUUAAACAUUGCGGAACGGAGGUGGCAUACAAACUGGAGAAACUAGUCCGAAUUGAGAAUACAAGAUGGAAUCCUCACACCGCCAAAAGCAGAUUGAGCCAAAAUUCUUCGGUCUGCGUGGACGAACAACAAGCAGGACCUUCGACUAGAAAUGUAUCUUCGAGUUCACCGAGGUAUAUUCGUAUGGAUUCAACUGAGGAAUCUUCCCUUUCAAAAAUGUUUACAUGGAGUGGAAGUCUGACAAACCAUGGUUUCGCAUAUGAGAAAGACCUUGCUUUUACAUUAUUCGUGGCUGCAUCUCUCGAAGAUCGUCGGUUCCGCCUGGCAACGGAAAUGAAGGAGGCCGGUAAGUUUGAUGACGUUGUGCUGAUUUUGGACGAUCGGAAGGAAGUAUGGUUCUUUCAAGCCAAACACAGUCAGUCAUCGAAUGCCAAAAUUGAGUACGAAGAGUUUUUCCCUUCAAGCCUUGAUGAAAACACUCAAUUCUCCCUACCAAUGUACAUCCAAUCGUUUUUGAAUGUUUCCAAACGAAGUGAGCACAGGAACUACACCAAGCGAUUUAUUAUCUUUACCAAUAAAUCGAUUGACAAAAAUACUACACAAGAGCUGAGAAAGCUUAUGGAUAUAAAAAGCUGUGCUUCGAAUGAGCCACUGGAAAAUAAGGUAUUCAUCAGAACAACUGAAAAAUAUGUACCCAAAGCCGACCAAAUUCAGGCCUUACUGAUAAAGGUAAACAAAUUACCUGUUGCCAUUAAAGAUGCUAUAAUCGAACUUCAGAAAUCUGGAACAGUAAAAAGUAUCUUACGAAAAUACACCACUCCUUUACGAUCCAUAUUGAAGAUAGAUAGCUCCGUACGCUUUUCAGAAACAUUUACAGGAAAUGAGGAUGAAAUCAAUCAACGAUGGUUAUGGCACGAGCUUCAAACACAUUAUAUUACCCAGGACGAAACGACUAAACGCCUAUCAGAGGUGAUUUUCUGCAAGAAGGUAGACAAACGCUUAUUGCAAAACAAAUCCGGCGAAACAAGUUUUCCUCGGUUUAUCGAAGAGUCUGAUUUGAGAAGCUUUUUUGAAUGCCUUGUAAUAUGCACCGACCAGCCUGACAAACUCUCCCUGAUGAGAGAUAACAUUACAAAAUCGGUUGUAGAGAAGUGGGUAUACGAGAAGGACCGUAGCGUGGUUAGUGAUAGAAUAAAAUUUAAUGUAAUAUUUGAAAAGGAAUUUGAAAAUUGGCACAUGGUUACAAAUCGGAAAGGAGAUCAGAAACCUUUUUUGAGCAGCUCCGAAGGAAACAAUUGUGUUUGCAUGGCUAAAGCCGAAGUGCGCAAGAGUUUACAAAAGAUUACAGAAUCAGAUUUCUGUAAUUAUGUGGCACGUAAGCUAGUUUCACAAAAUAGACUGAAAGAACACACAGAAAAGGAAUUUAUUUCAAUUCUAGGGCAAUCGUCCGGUAAGAACAAGUAUCACAUAUUGGUAGGUGAACCAGGUAUGGGAAAAACAACUUUCAUAAAAAAAAUCACUCAUCGACUACAGGCUGAUUUGAACAAUCACGUAUAUCUGAUUUGUUUGAAUACACUUGAGUUUGAAAAUUAUAAGGCAGGGAACGAUGUAUUCACACUUAUGAAAUCCUCUCCUUUUUCAAUAUCAAUCCAAAAGUUUAUUCAAAAUAGUUUGGAAAAUUACCCAAACCAAUGUUUCAUUCUACUAGACGGUUUCGAUGAGAUUGAUGAACUAUAUCAGGGCGCAGCUAUCAAACUUAUCAAAGAAACGUUCUGCAAAAAUAAUAUUCGGGUUUUCAUAAGUGGCAGAAAUCACGUGAAAGGAACACUCGAGAAAGAAUUGCAAGUUGAGGCAUUAAAUCUUGUUCCAUUAGUUGAGGAUGAGCAGCUGCUGUUUUUGAGAAACUACUGGGACAUCAGUUCUGAAAUCAGUCAGAAUGAUUCCGAACGAUUUAAAAAAUUUGCGAAACGUUUGCUCGAGCUUCUGCAUGACCGUAUUCAAUCUGAAUAUUUCAACUUUACUGGUCUACCUCUAAUGGUUCGAAUGCUUGCAGAAGUCAACAAAGAAAAAUUUGAGCAAUACUGGAGGUCAACAAAUGACCAAAUGAACGAAAUAUUAGAUUUGGAAAACGGAUUCAGUGUAUUGCGUUUGUAUGAAAAUUUCGUCAACAUAUCGUUCAAUAUAUUUGUUAAGAAAAUAAAGAACGAAGAAGGUUACGCAUCAGUUGAUUUGAAAAUUAAGAAAUUUUUCAAAGACAAUUUGGAUAAAUUUUAUCGUGCCCAUCAGAUUAUUGCUAUUGCACAAUUAAAAGUUUCUGAAUUACGUAAAACAUUGAGCAAUAACGAUUCUGCAACAAUUCUGGAAAACAUGCAACAAAUCUUGUACGACGGAGAAAAGUCACUAUUAAUCAAUGUUUCGAACAAGAAUCAGCUAAAAUUCACUCACUUAUCGUAUGCUGAAUAUUUCCUUUCGAAAUUUUUGUAUGAUCAUGUGUUAGAUUGGAAAGCGAUCUUGUUAAAUGUUUUGAAAAAACAUAAAGUAGUUCGAGCCUUUUUCUUUUCGAUGAUUGAGGAAAAUUGGGAUAACAGUAAAUUGCAAAUGGACACAAUUAUCAAUAUUUGUCGAAAAACCCCCUACACUAUGUAUUUAACCUGUUCUGAAGGCUACGAGCUAAUUUUAAAAGAGCUACUGAACCACCAUAAGGCCAAGCAACUGUUUGGUAAAAGUUGGCGAAGCAAUAAAUCCACACUUCUGCAUGCUGCUGUUAAAUCCAGGAAAGAAAACAUUCUAAAGUUAGUUCUCUGUGAUCACCAAUUUGGCGAUUGUACUUACCACGGAGCAAUCAAUAACAAAACGGAACUAUACGAAUCUGAAAUAGACAUAAAUACCCCAGAUUCAGAGGGAGCUUUACCAAUUCAUUACGCUGUAUCUGAUGGGAACGAACCGUUAGUGAAGAUGCUUGCGCAGCAUGGUGCUGACAUCAAUGCUCAAGACUUUAAAGGAAAUACUCCUAUACAUGAAGCUGCCAAAACGGGGGAUGCGGGAAUAUGCAAGCUGUUAAUCGAAAAAUACUUAGCAGAUUACGAAAUUGCCAAUGCAGACGGACAAACUGUUAUUCAUUUGGCGGCCAGAGGAGGUAAAAUGGAAAUUGUACAGAUGCUUGUAGGUGACUAUGCGGCUGAUGUCAAUGCGCAAGAUAUCGAUGGAAAUACUCCUCUCCUUCUUGCUGCCAAAAAUCGUGAGUGGGAGAUCGUCAAGAUGUUGAUUGACAAAGAUUCCAAAUAUUCUGCAGACUACAAAAUUGCCAAUAAUGACGGACAAACUCUUAUUCAUUUGGCGGCCAAAAGAGGUAACAUGGAAAUUGUACAGAUGCUUAAAGAUGGCUAUGCACCUGAUAUCAAUGCGCAAGACAACAAUGGAAAUACUUCUCUUCUUCUUGCUGCCAAAUUUAGGAAGUGGGAGAUGGUGAAGAUAUUGAUUGACAAAGAUUACAAAAAUUCUGCAAACUACAAAAUUGCCAAUAAUAACGGACUAACUCUUAUUCAUUUGGCAGCAGAAAAAGGUAAUAAGAAAAUUGUACAGAUGCUUAUAGAUGACUAUGCAGCUGAUGUCAAUGUGCAAGAUAACGAUGGAAAUACUCCUCUCCUCCUUGCCGCCCAUAAUUGUAAGUGGGAGAUGGUCAAGAUGUUGAUUGACAAAGCUGCAGACUACAAAAUUGCCAAUAAAGUCGGACAAACUCCUAUGCAUGUGGUGGCCAUUUAUGGUAAUAUGGAAAUUAUGAAGAUACUUGUAGAUGUAUAUGCGGCAGACGUAAAUGUGCAAGACAACAUUGGAAAUACGCCUCUUUAUCAUGCUGCAUAUUAUAAUAGGUGGGAGAUGGUCAAGAUGUUGAUUGACAAAGAUUCCAAAUAUUCUGCAGACUAUAAAAUUGCCAAUAAAAGAGGACAAACUCUUAUUCAUUUGGCAGUAGAAGAAGAUAAAAUGGAAAUUGUACAGAUGCUUAUAGAUGACUAUGCAGCUGAUGUCAAUGCGCAAGAUAACGAUGGAAAUACUCCUCUCCUUGCUGCCAAAAAUCGUAUGUGGGAGAUCGUCAAGAUGUUGAUUGACAAAGAUUCCACAUAUUCUGCAGACUACAAAGUUGCCAAAAAAACAGGACGAACUCUUAUUCAUUUUGCGGCCAAAAGAGGCAAUAAGGUAAUUGUACAGGUGCUUAUAGAUGCCUAUGCAGCUGAUGUCAAUGCGCAAGACAACAAUGGAAAUACACCUCUUCUUCUUGCUGCCGGAUAUGGUAAGCUGGAUAUGGUCAAGAUGUUGAUUGGCAAAGAUUCCAAAUAUUCUGCAGACUACAAAAUUGCCAAUGCAGACGGACAAACUCUUAUACAUUUGGCGGCCAUAGGAGGUAAUAUGGAAAUUGUACAGAUGCUUAUAGACGACUAUACGGCUGAUGUCAAUGUGCAAGAUAACAAUGGAAAUACUCCUCUCCUUCUUGCCGCCUCUAAUUGUAAGUGGGAGAUGGUCAAGAUGUUGAUUGACAAAGAUUCCAAAUAUUCUGCAGACUACAAAAUUGCCAAUAAAAAAGGACAAACUCUUAUUCAUUUUGCGGCCAAAAGAGGCAAUAAGGUAAUUGUACAGGUGCUUAUAGAUGCCUAUGCAGCUGAUGUCAAUGCGCAAGACAACAAUGGAAAUACACCUCUUCUUCUUGCUGCCGGAUAUGGUAAGCUGGAUAUGGUCAAGAUGUUGAUUGGCAAAGAUUCCAAAUAUUCUGCAGACUACAAAAUUGCCAAUGCAGACGGACAAACUCUUAUACAUUUGGCGGCCAUAGGAGGUAAUAUGGAAAUUGUACAGAUGCUUAUAGACGACUAUACGGCUGAUGUCAAUGUGCAAGAUAACAAUGGAAAUACUCCUCUCCUUCUUGCCGCCUCUAAUUGUAAGUGGGAGAUGGUCAAGAUGUUGAUUGACAAAGAUUCCAAAUAUUCUGCAGACUACAAAAUUGCCAAUAAAAAAGGACAAACUCUUAUUCAUUUUGCGGCCAAAAGAGAUAAUAUGGAAAUUGUACAGAUGCUUAUAGAUGACUAUGCAGCUGAUGUCAAUGCGCAAGAUAACUAUGGAAAUACACCUCUCCUUCUUGCCGCCUCUAAUUGUAAGUGGGAGAUGGUCAAGAUGUUGAUUGACAAAGAUUUCAAAUAUUCUGCAGACUACAAAAUUGCCAAUAAAAAAGGACAAACUCUUAUUCAUUUUGCGGCCAAAAGAGAUAAUAUGGAAAUUGUACAGAUGCUUAUAGAUGACUAUGCAGCUGAUGUCAAUGCGCAAGAUAACUAUGGAAAUACACCUCUCCUUCUUGCCGCCUCUAAUUGUAAGUGGGAGAUGGUCAAGAUGUUGAUUGACAAAGAUUCCAAAUAUUCUGCAGACUACAAAAUUGCCAAUAAAAAAGGACAAACUCUUAUUCAUUUGGCAGCAGAAGAAGGUAAAAUGGAAAUUGUACAGAUGCUUAUAGAUGACUAUGCAGCUGGUGUCAAUGCGCAAGACAACGAUGGAAAUACUCCUCUCCUUCUCGCCGCAAAAAAAUAUCAGUGGAAGAUGGUCAAGAUGUUGAUUGACAAAGAUUACAAAAUAUUUGCAGACUACAAAAUUGCCAAUAAAGCCGGACAAACUCUUAUUCAUUUGGUGGCCGAAGGAGGUAAUAUGGAAAUUGUGAAUAUGCUUAGAGAUGACUGUGCAGCUGGUGUCAAUGUACAGGACAACGAUGGAAAUACUCCUCUUCAUUAUGCAGCCGAGAAUAGCAUGUGGAAAAUGGUCAACAUUUUAAUCAUGUUUCACGAUGCAAACUUCAAUGCUACUAACAAGAGCGGCCAAACUCCUUUUCACAUAGCUGCCUUGAAGGGCCAGUGGCAUGUUGUGAAAAUACUUCUUGCCGAUUAUGCAUUAGAUGUCAACACUCCGAACGGAUCCGGACGCACUCUUCUGCAUUUGGCUGCUGAAAAUAACAACUUGGAAGCUGUGAAGAUGCUCAUACAUGACCAUUCGGCAGAUAUCGAUUGCCUUGACAGUGAAGGGCGUACCCCCUUUCAGGUGGCUACCGAGAGGGGCCACAAAGAAGUUGUGGACGAGCUGGUCAAAGUCCAAAAUGCUGAAUUUCCGAUAAAUUUAAAAAAAAGAAAAAUUCCACAGACAGAAGACCCACGAAAAAAACGAAAAAGUUAAAACAAAGGAAAUAAUAAGGCUAUAAAAAUGUAGUUCCUUCCCUCUUUGAUAAAACAGGCUCAUUCAUUGCUGUCUAAAAAGGGCUGAAAUUACGAUUAGACCAUAUUUGUUUUGACCACCUGAAAGCUCACACUCUGUCGCAAGCAGUGGGGUGACAUGGCUGUCAAACUCGGUACAUCGCCGCUCCACCCAACAUCAUUUUUGGUACGGCGCGUUUUGGUACCCACUUUCUGGUCGGUUUACCCUAACUUGCUCCUGAUUUUCGGGUGUGUGGCUCGUGUGUUGCUAGUGCUUAUUUCAGAAAUUACACAUUUCAAACGAGAACGUUGUUUUUGAUGAUAGUUCCUCUUUCCUUAUCACUUUGCACGAUAUUAUAUGUAGCAGCGAAGCAGUGUCGAUGUUUCCAGCGCAUUUUUUCCAUGAAUUAAGCAAUCAAAAUAAAAAUAUUGGACGCCAUGUUGAAUUGGAUGCUGGGUAGAUGAUUCGGGCCCUUCGUCAUCCCCCUGGUCGCAAGCGACACGUUUGAUAUGUCAUCAACGAUUCAAAGGAUCACUGAAACAUGGUUGUCUGGGUGUACAAUGUACAUGCAAAUACGUACACCGGAGCUGUACCGCUGUACAAUCUUACACACACUCAUUCAUGAUGUUUUUCGCUGAAUUCGUUCGUGGCGCUAGUGUGUGUUGAAGUUUGAGUAUAUGGAGCAAAAGGGUAGAUACCUGUCUUGUUAUUAGCCGUCUUCGCUUCUAUCGAAAACUUGUUUCUCGAAAAGGCUAUAUGUUCACUUAAUAAGUAUAGCCUUUCGAUAUUAUUUAGUGCACGGAAACGGCAAAAAAAAACUUAAAAAUGUAAAAAAUACAUAGUGGUUCAAAGAACGGUGCUUUACGGAUGAAAUAAUAAAACCAUAAGACUAUCUUCAUUUGAAAUUCUCUUCACAUUAUGUGUAACCAUGUGCCAACGAAAUAGUUAAGGAAUUAUUAUGCACAGUUAAAAAGUUAGGUAAGACAUGUCAGGAACGCUAAUAAAACGCAACGUACUUGUAUUGCAACUUUUCAUUGUGUAUGUCAAUAAACAUUUAUUCUCAAUAAA